AUGCUAGACCACAUAGACGUCCUGGGCCCAAUCAGAGGCCCAUCACAGGGCCCCCGCGAGCCACUCCAGCGAUCUCCCGAAGCAGGCACCUUUCAGACCCUUGAAACACCCCGUUUGCUCGAGGCAUCCGAUUCGCAACUAGCCAUCAUCCACCACCCUCCAUCACCAAACGAGCUCUUAUCGGUCCAAGCAGGCCCUGGAAGUGGCAAGACUUGGACCCUCGUCAACAGAGUGGCCUACAUGGUCGAAAAGGGCGGAAUUCUACCCGAAGAGAUCUUGAUUCUAUCGAUGACAAACCGUGCCGUCAACUCGCUCAGAGAUGCGUUGGCAGGGUUGUUGGGCAGUGUACUGGCCCGUGAGAUCGAAGUGUGUACUUUCCACUCAUGGUGUGCCAACGUGGUGGAUCAGUACGAGUCGGUGUACUUUCCUCAGAACCCAAAGCGUCGCCUAAUGGACGACCUCAGCUGGCGAAACUUCUCCAACAUCUUCCUGGGCAAAACCAUCGGCAUUAACGGCAAGACGUUGAAGGGGAAUUUGACGGCAUUUACCCUCGAACGAAUCCUCAACGAAAUCAAGAGCGGGGAGUCCGACAUCGCUACCGCAUCCACGAAGCACAACGUCAGUCCCGAGUACUUGGAUGAGCUCUUGCAAUUCUUGACCAAGAACGGCAUCAUGCGCUACCAGGACUUCUUGAUAAAUGCCUUGGCCAUCAUGAAAAAGUCGGUGGCUGACCAUAACUUGAUUCCACGGGUGCACAACUACAAAAUGGUGUUGGUGGACGAGUUUCAAGACAUGCAUUUCCUGUUGAUGUCUGCCGUCAAGGAAAUCGUCCACUAUCCCACUGAAGGGCAGGCCCAGGGAACUCUCAAGCAUUUGACACUCGCCGGAGACAAGCAUCAGUGCAUCUAUGAGUUUUUGGGAUCCAAACCCGAUAUAGACUUGGCCACUGAAUUCCCAAAAUAUCACAUCACCCACAAAACCAUCGAGGAGACCUUCCGCUUGACGCCAGAGAUCUUGGAUGCCUCUCGCAAUGUGGCAUUGGGGUCCAAUGGGUUGUUGAACCAGUCGGAUGUGGCCCUCAAGUCCAACCGAGAUCCGCUUUACAAACCCAUCACCUAUGAUCCAGCGACAAGAUUCAGCGAAUACGAGUUUGUUCUCAAGGAAACGUCCAGGCUUAUCCUCGAGCUGGGUGGUCUUUUCAAGCUCUCGGAUAUUUUGGUGUUGGGACGUGCCAACAAGGAUGUGGAAGAAUUCCAGUCGUAUGCUGAAAAGUUCGGAUUCCAUUGCAACAAGUUCACCCUGACGGUUCCCUGGGUCAAGGGAAAGACACACAUCUUCCUUGACAUGCUUAAUGUGAUCCACAACGGUACAGGCUCUGAAUUGAACUGGUUGUGCCUUAUUUUGUUACUAGACAAAAAGGUCGGUUCUCGACUUCGGGUGUCGAAAUUGUUCAACUUGUUCAAUGUCUCGAAAUUGCCCCAGCUGGCCCCAGGGAGCAGCAACGGCGGGAUGGAGGCGUUCUUGCGGGAAGAAGUAGAGAAUUUUGGGGUUUCGGUGUCGAAGAAACAAAAGAGCCUUUCCACCAUUUACAAAAUGCCCGAGCACAAAGAAACGGUUCGGUCGUUGCAAAAAUUACUAGUGUCGGUGGACAAAGAAAGGCAGUUUCUUGCCCACAGCCAGACCCCAACCCGGGUCUUGGAGAGCUUGUCGCGGAUGGCGGUGGAGCUGGGAUUGGUGCACCAUCUAAAUCUGGCGGACCCUGUCCUCCACGGCUCCACCACCCUCCACCAGCAAAUGGCCCAGGCCGCAAAAAAGUUGGAAUUUGACAUCUGCUCGUUUUUUGACUCAUUGUGCCAUGCCCACGAAAAUUACGUUUCGGAGCCAGGCAGCGAGCUGUUCCUCGACCACUUUUUGCAUUCGUACAACGACGACGUCCCCACUACCGACGACACUAGCAUCAACGUGUCCACCGUGCACACAGCCAAGGGCCUCGAGUUCCCGGUGGUGUUUGUGCUCGGGACGUCUGCCAGCCACACCUCGUACUGGCGAGGGUGUGUCGAUCUCCACGCCUCGGCCGACCCGCAAAUUGCACGCCUCUUCUAUGUGGCCUGCACCAGGGCCAGCCAGUUUUUGUACGUGGGAUGCACCACCAACAGCGACCGUUUCACGGGAGAGGUACCGCAAAUGGCUAGGCUAGUUCCGCAGGUGGCCGGAGCAUUGGCUAGAAAAUUACCCUCUGCUGGUGCUGUCGACAAAGGCACCCAGCUCUUCGCCAGGCUCUACCAGGCGCCGUCCACUGCAAACAAAGGGCCCAGUUUUGGGCCCCGAGCUAAUUUUAGAAGAGCCAUGUCGUUUCGCUCGUCGCCAUUGGUCGCCGUUUUACUGCGCAAAAUUGGGGCUAUCUUAUCGCGCAUUUGA